GCCAAGAUGGCGGCGAGUAAUUAUUACGGCUUCGCGCAGGGCGCUGGCUCGCAGUACAGCGCCCAGCCUCCGAUGGCUUUUCCCCUCCCAGCUGCUGGAACCAGCUUGGCCAUGCAGCCCGCUCCUGGACUGGGCCCUGCCCUGAUCCCGUUUCCCGAGGCCGCCCAGCCACCGAGGCCCACCACUCCAGCGGGGUACGGCGGGUACCAGCCCCACCCCAGCCAGGACCUUGGUCACGGCGGCCAGCCCCAGGAGCCUGUGCCGGCGGCCACCACGGCUCCCUCCUACCAGGACAGUUACAGCUAUGGACCAUCGACAGCUGCUGGUGGCUACGAGAACAAACGGGACCCGCCACCUGCUGCUGGCCUGCCUCAGCUCCCAGCCAUGGCCACGGCCACGCUCUGCCCACCAGGUGCCCACCGCCGAGGUGGGGCAGCCGGCCAGCGCUUCGCCCUCCACCUCCACCUACCCCCCGGCGAGCAGCGCUCAGCCCGCGGCAUCCUCCCUCUCCACCCUGCCUUCCUCAUCCUCGUUCGGCCCAGCCUCCGCCCCGUACACCGGACCAAGCUACCCGAGCUAUGA